AUGACGACCCCUUCGCUAUCCAAUGGGCAAGCAUCCGUCGUCGUAGUUUUUGCACUUCUGGCACUUAAUCAGCCCCACGUCUGUGGUGAAAACUACUCACUCUUUGAGCUGAGUCCUCUCAAUAAUCUCACCAUUCACAUCCGAAGAGGAUAUACUGCCCACUUCCAAUGCGGUAACGGUUCUACUGGAAAUAUUUCCUUCAUUCUAUGGAUAAAACCGGAUAAAACCAAGGUUCCUGUCACCAGUAGGGUUAACGAGCCAUUGCAACCAUUGAUAUUGCCGAAUGUCUCAUUUUCCGAUUCUGGGCGUUACAACUGUACUGCUUAUUCUAUCAAUCAGCCACUAAUGAACGCUACAGCGGAACUUCUCGUUAGAGAUGUUCCUAACCCACCUGGUAAUGUCACUGUCCUUUCUGAAUCACCCACUUCUCUCUCGGUCUCGUGGAAUUUCACCACUGACAAUAACAGCCCAGUUAUUCUCCACAGUCUGUACCUGUUCACUAAGGAUAAACUGGUUACUCAACAAAACGUUUCCUCACCGAGAAAUUUCUAUACUUUUGUCGGAUUGGAACCCCGCACAUGCUACAAUCUGGUACUUAUGGCUCUAAACGAUGUGGGUUGGAGCAUCCUUACCAGACCUGUUCAUGCGUUUACGUCUCACGGCAAGCCAGCAAUCCAACCACUUAUCAAUCUACACAAUGUAUCUGAAAUGUCAGCGGUCAUCGUCUUUGACCAUUCGGACCUGAUCACACGCUAUCCCACUCUCUUGAGCAACGAAUCUGCCGACUGCGGAGACGCGGAGAGCGAUCUAUCGUCCCUACUCAGUGGAUUCUUCACAGACUAUGCGGUGUAUGUAUCCAGUGUGGAGCCCAUCCAUCUCGUCAAUCACCAAAUUCAGCCUGUGAUUCCCAAGGAUAAACAGGUCCUGGUCAUUUCGAAUUUGAAACCGUACACACGAUAUAAUAUUUCAGUCGCCUUUAGGAAUGGACCCUAUCAGGGUCCCAUGACUCAGCUGCUGAUCAGGACUGCAGAGGAUGUACCGGACCCGCCAGUGCUAGUCAACAGCUCAUCCACAAGCCAUUCUAUUACUCUUCAUUGGAUAAACGGGCCGAACCCCGGAGGUGUCAUUAUCGGUUACAAGCUAGAACUUUAUCGAUGUGGUGCCAAUCAACAAGCCGAACCCGACGCAUCCCUUCGUCUUCGCAGACACCAAAUGGAUUCCAAGAAGAAAGAAUUCACAUUCGAAGAACUCGACCCGAAUGCAUGCUAUGCUGUUCGGGUCGCAGCUAGGACAGCGGUUGGAUUCGGAUCUUUCAGCCGAUUAUAUGAGGUAUCUACCGACAUACCAGCUCCUCGACCUCCUGACUUGGUUUCGGUCACCUUUUUGAAUACCAACGAUAUUCUCCUUAACUGGACCUGCAUUGGCUUAUGUGCAACUUUGGUAGUUCAGGAUGCCCCACAGUACAAAGUGUGCUGGUUCAAUUCGCAGCCGAUUCGCGACCCUCCCAGUUGUUUGCGCACCCAAUCGUUCAGCUCUGCACAUCAAGCGUUUUGCAACUGCAAUACGGCACAAAAAUUUCAAACGACUGUGCUACCUUGGUCCAUUGUGCAACAUUCGGGCACCGAACGGACCUCUUUUACCGUGCGCUCCUUGCGGAAGCGUUCUGUUUGUUGGGCCGAACGCACUUGUGAACAAGAGAGCUUGGAUUCCAACAGCAUUGUGCUGGAUUUGCGAAACGCUCCAGCUAGCUGGCGUAUGAACAAACACGGUGGUUUCAAGUUGGACAGCGUCGCAAUCGUCAGCAUCGUGGCGGUCGCCGCGCUUGUGUUCACUUCAGUCGCUUUCGCUGCAUGCUUUGCCAGCGGUCUGAAAUGCAUGUUCUUCGUGUGUCAAAAACCGUUUGCUCGUUAUGGUUCGUCGGAAAAGUCAGUAGGCAAGUAUCGCCGUGUAGUUCCACUAAGGUUGAACAAGACCACAUACAAGCCAAUCCCACGUGCAGAAUUACGCGACUAUGUGACCCUCGCUCACGCGGACAAUGACGCUGGCUUUCAAGCUGAAUUUGAGGCCAUGGAGCGCACGGUGUGCUGCACAGAAUGGGCCAGUAACGUUGCUAAACUACCGGAGAAUGCUACCAGAAAUCGCUACUCCAAUGUACUCGCAUACGAUCACACUCGCGUCAUCUUGAAAGAAGUCGGGAAUAAAAGUGAUUACAUCAACGCCAAUUACAUUGAUGGCUAUCAUCGCCGCGCUGCUUAUAUUGCCACCCAGGGACCCAUACCGGCCACCUUCGAUGACUUUUGGCUUAUGGUAUGGGAGCAGGCAUCGAAUGUGAUUGUGAUGAUAUCCAACUUCAUCGAGCGUGGCCGUCGCAAAUGUGACAAGUACUGGCCCUCCACCGGACAGCAACUGUACGGCAACAUAUCAGUCCGAAUGGUGUCGGAGACGGUGCGUGCCUUCUUCACCGUUCGUGUGUUCGUCAUUCGCCAUGUUCGGUGCAAACGGGUUGGUAAGGAGCGUCUUGUGUACCACUAUCAAUACACCGAUUGGCGUGACUUCGAUGUACCCUCUUCUCCGCUUCCAGUUUUGAAAUUUAUCGAGGCUUCUGUGACUCACUGGUCUCUUGAGGAUGGCCCCAUUGUUGUCCAUUGCAGUGCUGGUGUGGGUCGCACUGGAACGUACAUUUGCAUUGAGAGCCUCAUUCGUCAACUGCAAGCAGAGCAGGUUGUCACAAUUCGCAGUCUCCUGGAACACAUUCGGCAGCAGCGCAUGAAGCUGGUCCAAACGGAGCAACAGUACGCUUUCAUCCACGAUGCGCUGCGGGAGUAUGUGUUGUACCCCUCCCACGUUAUUCGACCAACUCAUUUUGCGGACUGUCUGUCACAUCUUCGCGCAUUGGACUCUUCCGGGCGAUCGAAUCUGGAGCGGCAGUAUGAGCUUUGCGUGGAAUCGGUCCCGGAUCCUCCCGACAUGUCACGCUCCAAAACUCUCGUCGGCAAUGAUCGUAGAGGCUCCAGUUCCUUAUACGGCACCGCUGAUGUGUGGGACAUCAAUUCGUCCUGCUUACACGGCUAUCAUAUGCUGUCAGAGUACAUCGUGGCACGUCACCCGUCGGCUGGUGCGGAGGCGGAAUUCUGGAAAAUGGUUUGGGACGAGAAUUCCUCUAUCAUCGUGUGCCUCUCCGAUCCUGAGCUGCCGCCGUUCUGGCCUUCCGGCUCUAAUGAGAUACGAGACAUUGGCUGGCUACAUGUGACCUACGCUGGGAGUAGUCCCUACAACCAGUCAUUGACUCGGCUCGAAUUCCUUCUGACCUCUGACCGAGAGGACUACGCCCUGGUGUGCACCCUUUGGCGCUUUUCCGGUUGGCCUUCGGUGGAACUGGAGAACACUUCUCAAUUGGCACUGGCUCAUUCCCUGUUAGAUUUGGCUUCCCUCAUUCCAGAUGAUGAAGAGGACGAUGAGGACACUGAGUUCAUGACAUCAUCUGGUCCAAUCGUUGUGGUGGACAACUCUGGUGGAACUCGUGUAGGCACUUUCUGCGCUCUCCGCAUCCUCAUCAACCAAUUCACGCAUGAGUUUCUAUUCGACGUAUACUUUGUGUUCAAAAUGCUGGCUCAUCAGCGGUCUUGCAUGUUUCAAUCUCACCGCGAUCUCGAGUUCAUCUACAUUCUGCUGCAGCAGUAUCUCUCUCGAGACGCCUGUCCAUCCUCCAUCAACACUGGUGGACCCGGAUGUCCCAGUGUUCAUGGAGCACACUCACCUACUCGCGGCUUGUCCAGUCCAAAUCGUCUCGGCUCUCAUUGUCGUCGGCGUACCAAAGUAAUGGUGAACCAUUUCUUCCCUCGCAGACACAAAACGCGUCUGAUCACCAACAGUGCUGUUUCCGGUGGCAACGAAACCCCUUUGGUGCGUUCCAGUCAUUCGAGCGUGAACGCUGGCAGUCACCUCUCUCUUCUGGAUCCGCUUUCUAAUGAUCCAGACGACAACCACUCCACCAUGCAACGCUCCUCACUGCCGUCCACGGGUCAGUUAGAGUCCAUGUCACGUGAAUCCUCCGAUCCAAGUGUUUAUGGCGUGCCAAGCUUGUCUGGCGCCUUGUCUGUGCAUUCCAAAUCUUCACAAGUUGCUGGGUUGCUUCCACAGGAUAAUCCACGCUAUUCCACAUGUUCGCUGCCUACAGUCUGACGUAUGACCGUUUGCUGCCUCCACACUCCUCACCUCCACUUGUUUACUGUUCUCUUCUUUUUCCGAUGACCUCUUUUUAGCAUUUACUUCAGCUCACUCCGCGCUGAUCUAUCUGUGCAUUACAAUGACAUUUGAGCACUGAUCAUGUUCGCUGAUCUGAUAACAUUGAUCCUCGGUUGUUUUGGCCGCCUAACCUUGCAUCUCCAACCGCAAUAGCCGUCAUGGUUGCAUUUGACGUUCUUGUUCGCCUCACUUUGUUACCGUGCGUGUGCUUUGGUUUUGUAAGCCCACAGGCGCUAACAGGCCUCCAUUGACGUUUCGCACGCACAUCCUGUUGUGUGCAUGUCAUCCCGCUGUGCACUUGUUUGUACUUCCGGUGGCGUCUCGCUCCAUGUCGUCGAGCUUUGUCUACUACGCGCCCCCUCGCAUCAUUUUGCGAUUUUCUCCGCCUCCCAUCAGUAUCGUUUGCGCCCCUACAGUACUACCCACAUUCAUAUACACCCACUCCCACUUUUGUAUAUAGUUGCUAUUCUACAUCUUCUGUCUGCUAACUUUCUUUUUAUUUUCAACGUUUACCACUUUUGUUUGCUUUCGUUCAUCUAUUGAUAGGAAUAAAUACAUUAUCGAAUGG